GCCUAGUCUCCGUUCAUAUUGCCGGUGGCGCUUGUUCAUGCUCGCAGGCUGAACGGCGGAGAUGCCUACCAUUCGAUACUACGGCGCGUGAAAGAAAAAAGCUUGAGAAAGCUUGAAGCGAAUCUGUUACGACUGCGAUCGGACGUGUCUACAGACUGGCAGAAGUGUAAACAAAAGAGCAGACUUUAGUUUGAGUGAACAUCAUUCGACUUCAUACAGCAAUUGUGUCUAAUUAAAACAAAGAUCACGGGAAAUCUGUGCGAUUCAUUGUUGCAAGAAACAGCUUGCGAGGUCAGGGGAAUCCAGGCAGGAGUGAGGAUCUGGGGAUGAGAGCUGCCUGCCCCCUCCCUGUCUGCCCCAGACCUCCAGGUGGAGAAGACCGGGCAUCUCUGAGAGAGUGUGUGGUGUCUGUGUCGCCCUCUGAGGGCCAUGGCUCUGGUUCAGACCCUGCCCGUCACUGUGACUGACCACCCCAAACCCAGCCUCGACGUUCAGCAGUGCCGGCCUAACUCUCAUUCUCCCUGCUCCGGCCCCUGCCCUGGCCUCUGUGGCUCUGGAACCACCAUGGGCUCCGUCAGCAGUCUCAUAUCUGGCCGGACCUACCAGGAGCUGCACUGUCGGGCCGCCAACGAGUUCAGCACCAAGCCCCGCCGGUCCACCCCGGCCACCAGCUGCUUCAGGCUCCAGGACAACACCCUCCGCAGUGGGAGUUCGCUGGAGCAGCUCCUGGUUAUUAGCACCCAGAACCAGAACCAGAACCAGCCUCAAACCCAGACCCUAACCCAGCCUCAGCCUCAGCCACCUCCGCUGCCCACCAAGAAGCAGCCCCGGGUGGGUAACUCUGCCGUGGGAGGUGGGGGUGGAGGGGGAGCUGGAGGUAAUGGGAACUUUGGCUACGUGAGCAAGGACGUUGUGGUUGGGGACUGGAAUGACAACCACGUACCCACUAGUAGUCCCUGCAGCGACUCAGAGGAGCAAAGGGAUAACAGAGGGCUGAACGGGAAUAUCGGAGGGCCCCCUCCCAAACUCAUCCCUGUGUCAGGAAAAUUGGAAAAGAACAUGGAGAAGAUAUUGAUCCGUCCCACCGCGUUCAAACCUGUGAUGCCCAAGAACCGCUAUUCGGUGCAGUACCUCUCCCCGCGGCCAGGGGGCAGCCUUUCAGAAAGCCAGGGCAGCCUAAACCUGCUAUUGCCGCUCGGAGUGAGCAACGGGAUCCCCAGCGCCAACGGGAACGGCAACGACUUGGACGGGAAACGUAACUCGUACAGCGGAGGGCGCAAUGCUCGGAGCAGCCAGUCCUGCUCCAUGUCUGACUCGGGACGGAACUCCUUGUCCAGUCUGCCCACCCACAGUAGCACGGGCUACAGCCUUGCCCACAGCGAAGGCUCCAGCUCUGGGUCGGCUACUGGAGGUCUGGCGGGUCAACUGGAGCCCAGCGCAGGCCGGACCACCGCGGGGGGUGGAGGGGGCCACGGAAGCCAUGGCCACACCAACUCAGACAGCGGGCGCUCCUCCUCCAGCAAGAGCACAGGCUCCGGGUCCCUCAGCGGGCGUGGGCAGCCCCUGUCGGACAGCGGGUCAUGCGGGCGCUCGCCACCGCCCCUGGAGGGGUAUGAGGUGAUGGUAAAGGAACUGGAGGACAAGCUGAGAGAGAGAGACCUUGAGCUGCAGCAGCUACGAGAGAACCUUGAUGAAAAUGAGGCCGCCAUCUGCCAGGUGUAUGAGGAGAAGCAGCGACGCUGUGAGAGGGAGAUGGAGGAGUUGAGACAGAGCUGCUCCUCUAAGAUGAAGCAGGCUUCGCAGAAAGCCCAGAGAGCUCAACAAGUGAUUCAGCUGCAGGUCUUCCAGCUGCAGCAGGAGAAGAAGAAGCUACAGGAGGACUUCUCUUCUCUGCUGCAGGAUCGUGAGGCGCUGGAGAAGAGGUGUGCUUCCAUCCAGAGGGAGCAAACCAAGCUGGGACCCAGACUGGAGGAGACCAAGUGGGAGGUGUGUCAGAAGUCAGGUGAGAUCUCCCUGCUCAAGCAGCAGCUAAAGGAGCUCCAGUCUGAGCUGAGCCAGAAGGCCGGGGACAUUGUGGUUCUGAAAGCCCAGCUCCGCGAGGCCCGUUCGGAGAUCCAGGCCAACCAGGCCCGGUCUCAGGAGGCCCAGACGGCUGUGCGGACUCGCUCCCUGGAGCUGGAGGUGUGUGAGAACGAGCUCCAGAGGCGCAAGAGUGAAGCCGAGCUUCUCAGGGAGAAAGUGGGCCGCUUAGAGGAGGAGUUGUCACGUCUCCACGAGGCUCUGUCCAAUCACAAUGGGCUGUCCCUUCCUGGAGGCCAGGGUCAGGCCAAGAAGGUCCAGUGUAUGAGCCUGCCCCUCCCCCCAGGCCGGGGCAUGGCAGGGAGGGGUGGCCCCAGCCCCUCUGGGUACCGCGACGGGGAGGAGGGUCGGGCGGCGUGGGGCAGCGAGAGCGACGAGGCCAAGGCCCAGAGACUGAACGCUGAGGCUAUUUUGGGACUCAGGCAACAGGUGGACCGGCUAAAGGCAGAGCUGAUUUAUGAGAGGAGGAGCGGUGAGGAGCAGCUGACAGGGUUUGAGGAGGAGAGGAGGGUGUGGCAGGAGGAGAAAGAGAAGGUGAUCCGUUACCAGAAGCAGCUGCAGCAGAACUACAUCCAGAUGUACCGAAGGAACCGGGACCUGGAGCGUGUGAUGAGAGAACUGAGUCUAGAACUGCAGAACCGAGACCUUGAGGACUACGAGGUUCACAGUGGCAGCAACGACAUUGACUUUGAGGAGAUCACAGCUACGGAGAUCUAAACCCAACAGACCAGAAACAGCCAGACAAUGCAUCCCUGUGACCACAGCAGGACAACCCCACCCCUGCACAAACACCAAAUCUACACACUUACCAUAAACUCAAAUACAUAAAUAGAGCACACACAGUAUUGACUCCCUAAAACACUGUCAGUCUAAAAUGCCUGCCUCCCCAGUUCGUCCACAUGGCUGUCGCUACCUGCUUACAGCACCAAGACAAACACCCCUUUCUCUUCUGUCGGAUUUAGCCCCUUUGGACUGCACAUAAAAGCAUGCAUUUCUUAAACUGGCCCAUAUUAGGGUUUGAAAAUUGUUUGAAGUUUCCAACUAAAAUAAACUAGACAAUAUACUGGCACGCACAGACUUCAAGACCAAACCUGUUCAUGGGUCUUUUAGCACAGGAAUGUCUACCUUGCCACCAGCACAUGAUGAUGUCAUUAUGCUAAUGAUGACAUCAUUGCUCCUCUGCAAUGGGAGUGUUCUUGGGCCUGCCUACCUCUGCACUCAUACAAUGACAGAGAACGACACCAAACACCGUGGGUUCACGCACUACUGUGUUGUGUGAGUAACUCGCAGAUGUAACCAAAACAUUCCAUACUGGUUCAUCUGUCCCACAUAAAACAUCCCAGACCAGUCUAAUCCCAGCUGUGGAAAUACUGCUGAGUGUGUGGAAUGGAAUGUAUGAUAACUGUUACGACAUAGCAAAAAUAGGGCAAUGGUCUCCAGCAGCAAAAUAAAGAGUUUAGUCUCUAAAAACAACCAAACCAGGGAUUGUUUUUGCACAAGAACUCUUAUCACUGAUGGGCAUGACAGCUUUCUCCCUCUGAUCUGUCUCUAGUUCACAAGAACAAACGUCCUAUCAAAAGAAAACAGGGUGACUCCAAUAUAAUGCCUUACAAGGCAUAUUUAGUUGCUUCCUAUAAUACACUGUGGAAAAAUUGCAGUGAAUUGAUUGUUUUGUUUGAGUCCCUUGUCCUUUCUUCCAAAAAGCCCCUACCCCCAAAAAAGAUUUUCACUGUCUUCCUAAUCUUUCCUUGACUGUCAUUCUGUCAGUCUGUACUGUAUACAGGCGGGACAUGUUGUAGUGAUACUGUAGUGUGGUUGGCAUGUGUGCAUGUCUUCUUCCUGUUUCAGCUGCUCCAGGUGAGGAUGGGCUGUAGGGGGAUGUGUGAUAAGGUUUGAUAGCAGAACAUUGGAAGUUGUUGUCGGUUGUACUUUCUGCUUCUGCAUUUUAACACUGGUCUUGGUUUGGCUGAGAGGGAUGGAAAAGGUUUUAUUUUAUUUUAGCGAGCAGAGUCUUUUAAGAAGGAUUAAUAGAAAUAUAUAUGAAACUGUAUGAUGAUGUAUAUUUUUUUAUAUAGCACCUGAAAAUAUUUUGUGUAGCACCAGAACGAGUGUAGGUUUAAUAUACAAAGUAUAAAGAGUUCUAUCUAGCGACACAGCACCGCAUGGGUUACAAACGACCCAUCAAUCGCUAAUUGAAGGAGACUCAAUAGAGUGAACCUAACAACAUAUGCAUGAUGACAUUUUUUUUUCUCCUUUAAUUCCCAGUCUACAAUUUUACCCCACUCUGUGUAGACUACAAACCCUUUGAUUCAAGGCAAUGUUUACGGUGGUGAGCACACUGUUCUCUCUGCUUUGUCAUUGAUCUUUCUUUUGGCUGUUAAUAAUACAGUACUUGCAGACUGGGACAUCAUCAACGUUUUUUGUUCUUUGAUGGUUUAAAAAACAGCAGACCAGAGUCAGCAAUGGUUGAGGGUGUUAAGGAAGUCAUUUUACUUACUUACUUAUAUAUAUAUUAACACAAGAUGCGUUUAAUAUCAUCUAACAACUUAUAGUUAAUAUACUGUCUUUCACAAAUGAGUAAUAGUCAGUGUGGUCCAAGUCCUUAUACAUUUCAUCUACACUUUAUCUAAACUCAAACAAAUCACAAGCUAAUGAGCUCUCAAUUUAUUGAAGACCUGUCACUGUUUUAGCUGAGACUUUUUGCAUUGUGCACAUAUUUUUAUCAAAAAAGAAUAGCCAUAUAAUUGAUUUUGGAUGGAGAGGUGGCGUAGAUUCUAGACAUUGGACCGACUGAACCCACAAUCUCAGUCACAGACAUCUGGCCCAGACUGUUAACAAGAGUCCAGCUUGUCCUCUCUGAAUGUGGAUAUAAACUAGGUACUGUUUAACAGGAGGCAAACAUGAUGUCAUCUCAAAGGGACCCUACUUUUUCAGAACACUGGAAGUUCUGUGCUCUUUUUAACGCUUUCAUAAAUCAUGACUCUUCUGUAAAUACCUUAAACUGAAAUAUGUGCAUGGUAUGCUGUGACAUAUUCUUCUCUUUUGUUAAAUCAAAAUAUCAAUUUCAAAUGUAGCCACUGUGACUAGACCAAAGCAUUUGUUUUUAUGUGUUGUUUUUUCUUUCCAUUUUUGUGUGUAUAUAUUAUUUUGUUUGUAGUGUUUUGUUUCUUCAUUAAUCCAUAUAAUGUAUGUAGUUAUUCAUGUAGAUGUCCUUGUUCUUGUACAAAAUGACUGUUUUUAAAUAAAGAACAAAAAUUACAUUAUGA